AUGGCUGCUGUCAACGUGACCAGCCUGGAAGAGUUGCGAAAAGUACCUGCUGAAAAGGUGCAGUGGCCUGCUUAUACAAUGAAUGAUCCAGCUGUGGCUCCAUACUUUUCAGGCUACUUUGAGGAUCCUGGUUUCCUUCCAGCCAGUGCAGAUCAGCUUUGGGCGGCAGGGAAGGUCAAUCCUAAGAGCAUCAUGGUAGGCUAUGCUUCAAAAGAUGGUACGGCGGCAUUCUAUAGCGUCGCACCAACGAUGGGAUAUGUUGUCGGCGACAAGAACCAGACAACGGCGAAAGAUUACGAGGAGGCAAUUCGAAAAGUUUGGGGUUCCAAUGCGGAUGCUGUUCUUCUGCAGUAUCCACUUUCUCGUUUUGAAGGUAGCCCGCAAAAGGCCUUCCUACAGGUAGAUGCAGAUUCAAAUGUCAUUUGUCCAAGCUAUCAGCUUUUGCAAUAUGCGCAGGCGGCAGAUAUUCCCAGCUGGGCCUUUCAGUUUGCUCAUUUCAUCCCUUCUAAAAGAUCUGAUGGUUGGGGCUGCUCCAAUGGACCUGAGCUGGAUGUUGCACCACCACGUCGUGGGGCCUACACGAAGCUUUUUGCUACUCACGGUGAUGAUGUAAAGUUUGUCUUUGGAAACGAGGUUGGUCCAGAUGGACUUGGACCUCCAAACAACAGGACAGUGUGUACCUUCACACCUGGGGAACGGAUGCUGAGCGAGAAGAUACGUGCUCGUUGGGCUUCGUUUGCAGCUUCCGGACAGCCAUUUGCUUGGCCAGAGUAUGUUGGACGUGCAGAAGUGGCUCCCACCCUUAUCUUGUCAGAUGCGGAAACCGAUGGCCUCGGGAUAGCUUCGCAAGCUGGACUUCACGCAGCUGACUGCAGCUUUUGGCAGAGGCUCUGGGCUCAACCGAGCAUCAACUUUGUGCCAGGGGAGGAGGAACGCAGCGCCUGGGAGCUCUGGGCAGAGGCUUUGCUUCUACGGAUCCUUGAAUCCCUUUCUGAGCACGGAUUACAUGCUCCAGAGUUCAUCGCAGCGUUAUAUGACUCUGUCCGAUUUGCAGAAGCUGUAAAUGAGGUGCGCCUUGAACGUGGAUCAGAGUUCAUCAUCAAGUACGACAAUGUCUUGAGUGGAGUAGAGGCCAUCCGGCGGAAUGGCGAUCCCUUUCGUGGUGGUAUCAACUUUGAUGACGUGAAUGAGCUUGGCUUAGAAGGGCGCAUCGAUGAAAUGUCGAAAACCUACCGAGAGGCUCCAUCUGUAUGGGUCGUGCUGGACCUUGUGUCCAAUUUUCAGCCAGUUUUCGUCUUCAAAGUUUGGAUCUUCUUGUUGGCCUGGUACACCUCCAUGUCGCAGGACAAUAGAAAUGGCUAUCUUUGGUUUCCGACUUUCAAGCGCGCCAACACCUUGCAGUACCUUGUGCUGGGCGAAUCGAUCGGAUCUGCAGUGAGCCGGCCUGGGCAAAUGGAUGGCAAAGAGGAUGUUGCUUGGACUCGUGGAAAGAACAUGUUGCUUCAGUUCAGAGUCUGCGGAUCGACACUUGGGAAAUCGGAUAUGAUGCACUCGGAUGACUUGGACAUGAAUGCCAAGAAAGAGGACAUCGAAGAGCUGACGAACGGUUACGGUCCGGACUUGCAGAAGGCCGAAGUAUGGGCCUCCUCCACUCCCUUCAUUGAUGGCCGUCCAAAGGCGCAGUCGGUUCAUUGGUUCAUUGGCGCCGUCGAGGCCAUUGGAUGCAUCUGCAGCGCUGCUGUUGCAGUCAGCGUCUGCAAUGAGGAGCCAGAGCCAGACCCAGGGCAGGACAAUCAAGAUGCUCGACGCUUUGCAAAAGAAGAGGCACAAAUUCUCCGUGACUUGGCCUGGCUGCUGAUGCUUUCCGCGUGCUUCUUCUUCGAGCUCAAGUUUAUUGUGCCGCUUAUUGCAGACUUUGAAUUUGGAGCUUUUUGUGGUGAUUCUUGCCAUUUACGACAGACCAAGAACUUCAAGCUCAUCAGCAGUGACUGCUUUGCAUGCACUGGCGCCCUUGCCUUUUGCUGGUCUCUGGUGGUAUUGACGGCUUUCUUUGACGUCUAUUACAUUUUCUAUGCAGGCACAGCAAUCUUCGGAUAUUGCAUGGGCGAAUGGCGAGGCCUUCGAAAUGUCUUGUCCACCGCUCUGCGACAUCUCGACUUGGACUCCUCUCCAACGGCACACAUUCCUGGUGUAUUCAGCCAGACGGAGAAAGCUAGCAGAGUGAUGAGCGACGGCGAGGCCAUGCAGGCGGUCUUUGGCGUUUCCUGGCGCAUGGCUUGGAGCCGGAUUGUGGAAGCUCUCUACGAGGACCAUGUGAUAUCUUCGGACCAGGCAAAUGCAAUGGUAAAGGCAGCCAGCACAGUCCGCUGGGAUGACGAGAAAGGGAUGAAGACGGUGGCCUUGAAGGGCUUGACACCCGAUCAAUUUAGCAGGCUGCGAUUCACCGCAACGCAACUACGCAAUGGGAUCCCCGCAAAGGAUGCAAGCAAAUUCGGAGCUCUUAGCAGAUGUAUUUCUGCCUUGGAGGUCUAUGUGCGGACUCCAGAAGGUGGCCAUAAAAGGCCAGAACCUUGGCACGCCACCCGUGUAAACCAUCCAUGUAGAAUGGUGACAGAGCUAGUUCACGUCGUUUCGACAGAGAACUCAGCGUCGCGUCGAACAGAUUUCCAUUGUCGUUCGUGUCUUUUUUUUAAAACUGAUACUGGCAUAUAA